GGAGUGCGUUUUGUGGCAGGGAGCGGCCGCAGUUGGGACUCGGGCCUGUGCGGGAUAACGCAGCCGGGGACAGGGGUUUGGACCGACUGACGGAGGGGAGGCGGCUUUUCCUUCCCCGGUUCUGCCUCGGGAGUCGCCGCCGGUAGUGUCUGCGGGGGGUGUCCGCCCCGCGCCGUGCCGCUUCCUCGCGGCCUCUCCCUGCUUGGCCCCGGCUGGGUCUUUCGGUUUCUCCCCCGUCGCUUUCCUCGCCUGAGGCCCGGCCAUGUCGGGGCUGCUGGGCAAGCUGUUCGGGACGGGGGGGAAGGGCGGCGGGAAGGGGCCUUCCCCCCAAGAGGCCAUCCAGCGGCUUCGCGACACCGAGGAGAUGCUGAGCAAGAAGCAGGAGUUCCUGGAGAAGAAAAUCGAGCAGGAGUUGUCGGCGGCCCGCAAACACGGGACCAAGAACAAACGCGCUGCACUUCAAGCUCUGAAACGAAAGAAGAGAUAUGAGAAACAGCUUGCACAAAUAGAUGGCACGUUAUCCACAAUUGAAUUCCAGAGGGAAGCCCUGGAAAAUGCCAACACCAACACUGAAGUGCUCAAGAAUAUGGGCUUUGCUGCUAAAGCCAUGAAAGCGGCCCAUGACAACAUGGAUAUUGACAAAGUAGAUGAACUAAUGCAAGACAUUGCAGAACAGCAGGAGUUAGCAGAUGAAAUUUCAACAGCUAUCUCCAAACCUGUAGGAAUUGGUGAAGAGUUUGAUGAGGAUGAACUGAUGGCUGAGCUAGAAGAAUUAGAACAGGAAGAAUUGGACAAAAACUUGCUGGAGAUCAGUGGUCCUGAGACAGUACCACUACCCAAUGUACCCUCAAUAUCUAUACCUUCAAAGCCAGCUAAGAAGAAAGAAGAAGAAGAGGAUGAUGACAUGAAAGAGCUAGAAGCUUGGGCUGAAAACAUGUAACCACACCAGCUGGCAGCUGGAAAAAUGGUUGAGACUCUGGUCACCUGUUGCUCCAGGUGCACGCUUUGGUGGGAGACAUCAUUAAGCGCAAUGUCUUUAUUUCUUUAAGCCCAAAGCUGUGGGAAUUGCAUUCUACAUAGCAUGGUCUGAGCACGGGAAACAAAGUUUCCAAGGAAAGUUGCCUGUAGUUUAGGAUGGUGAAUUACUUUAAAUAAUAAACCUUAUUGGCAAAAUUCCAACAUUCAGCUUCUGGACUUUGCUAAUGCCACUGCUGGAUCUUCAUCUUUCAGAAUUCUGGCCAUGUUGACUCUGACUGAAUUGGGAUGUGAAGCCUGUAACUUAAAUUGAUUGAAAGUUUUUUUAAGAGUGUUGUAAAGCAUUUCAAAAGUAAAAGUCAUAAGCCACUCUUGGCUUAUUAUGCUGAGGUGUACAAAUGUAUUAGGCUUUUAGUUCUGUAUUUAUAUCCAUUAUAUCCAUAUGGAUACUCAACACUACACUGAACUUGGUCACUGUUCUCAUUUUGAUUGGUGAAAUGGAUUUGGAAUGACAAAGCAAUUUUAUGAUGGAAGUAGAUGAAAUUUACACUCCAAUUCUAGCUGUACAUUUUUCUACAUAGCACUUGGAUGUUGAUUGCUGUUUGUGAUAACCAAUACCCCAUUCAGACAUGAACAUCCGUUUAUUUUAAAUAAGGAUUUUUGGUUUGCACUGUAUUAAAUACUUUGAUUGAUUUUCA